AUUUUUUAAACCGUUAGUCUCUGUCUUAGGUGCUAUUAAGUCACAAGUCUAAAUUUGAAAAAUGAAGAUUAAAUAAUACCAAGGCAACCAGAAAGAUUAGCCUUGUUUGUCAAUUUUGCUCAGUAUUUGUGACCCCACAAUCCGUGUCCCUGGAGUCUGCUUUGAAUCUAAAAUCCGCUCGAUUGCAAACAUAUUACACCAUGGAUAGAGACCAAGAGUUGUUGAAUAGAAAUUAGCAAGUUGAGGUUUUUAGAAUUUUGGGAUUUCGGUUUCUUUUGCCACGCCAGUUUCUUUUGCUGUAUUUGCUCAACCAAGGAAGGAUCUGGGUUUUGCUCCAUGCUUUGCUUUUCAAGUGAACGGUGAUGUGCGUUUUGCUUUCCAAGUGAUUUCUGACUUGGGUUUUAGUUGAAAACAGUAUUGCUGUGAUGAUGGUUUUUAAUUACCAAGAACUGCUGGUAAAUCCCAGGUCACCAACAGCUAGCCUUUAGUAUUGUGGCUACGAGAAGUUUUCUGUGUUUUGAAGCAAGAGUGGUUUGUUGGUAAAGUUUGGUGAUUGAAUAAGUUGGCACUUAAAAGUUUGGGCUUUUGAAUUUGCCUAAAAUUUUAAUUUGAUCUUCGACAAUUACUCGAAUUUUUUUUAUUUUUUUAUUUUUUGGCUUAUCGAUCAUGUAUAUCUUGUGAAGAUUUUAUUAUAGGAUUUUCCUUUGGUAUAUGUGAAUUUAUAAGAAUUGAUAGUGAACCAUCAAUUUGAUUGCUAACUAAAUUGAUGGCAACCCCAUCACCACCUCCAAAAUCCUCUCCUCCUGCUGUGUCACCAGCUUCUGCUAUCAAUCCGCCGCCCCCACCGCCUUUCAGCAGUACUUCUAGUCCUUCACCCGCGCAAAACUCUCCUCCUCCUGAACCUUCGACGAGUGCCACACCUUCACCGACUAAUGCUAGUCCACCAGCCUUUCAAUCUCCACCUCGUCAACCCCCUCCAGGUGCUAAUCCAGUCACCUCGUCACCAAAAUCCCCUGCUGAAACUUCACCUCCACCUCCGCUGGCCCCUGCAUCACCCCCUUCCCCGCUUGCUGUUUCACCCACUUCCCCUCCUUCCAGUUCCACUUCUCCACCGCCAGAACCACCAGCAACUCCACCAUUUAGUCCUCCAUCACCUGCCCCUAGGCCAUCACCUGGACCGACACAAAAUUCAUUACCACCUGCACCAACACUAUCUACUCAACCACCUGACGCUUCACCACCACCGCGACUACCACCAUCGUCACCACCUAUUAAUUCACCGCAACCAUCACCUCCCAAAAUUUCACCUUCAUCACCAUCGCAAGCUGCACCAAAAGCACCACCAAAUUCACCUCCUCCACCAUCUUCAUCUCCUACUCCAACGCCUCCUCCCUCUAAGCUCACACCAACCAGUUCUCAACCAACAGCUUCUCCCUCAAAUUCUACUUCGAGAUCAUCUCCACCACCACCUGUAUUAAAACUAUCACCUCCUGCUCGAGUUUCGACUCCACCAUCAGAUAAUCCGACUUUAAAUGGUUCUGGUCCAAGUGAACCAGAAAGUCCAGACUACUCAGGUAAUGAUGGCAUUGGUGUAGGGGGUGCAGUCGCUAUCGGUGUAGCUGUAGGGAUCAUAUUGCUUAGUGUCAUUGGGCUGGCUGUUUGGUGCUUGAGGAAGCAGAAGAAGAAGUUUACUCGACUUAAUGGCGGUUAUAUUAUGCCAUCCCCACUAGGCUCUUCCAUAAGAUCAGAUUCAUCCCUUACAAAAACACACUCUUCAGCUCCUCUCAAAGGAAGUAGUUCUGGAAGUGAUUUAGUGCAUUCACCACUGGUGGUGUCAGAAUCUGGUGGUUUAGGCAAUUCGAGGUUAUGGUUUACGUAUGAAGAAUUAGCCAAGGCCACAAAUGGAUUUUCAGACCAAAAUCUUUUGGGUGAAGGUGGAUUUGGGUCUGUUUAUAAAGGGUGUUUACUAGAUGGAAGAGAAGUGGCAGUUAAGCAGCUAAAAAUUGGUGGGGGGCAGGGUGAACGAGAAUUUAAAGCUGAGGUUGGAAUUAUUAGUCGUGUACACCAUCGCCAUUUGGUUUCGCUUGUGGGUUACUGCAUUUCUGAAAGUCAAAGACUUCUCAUAUAUGAUUAUGUCCCUAAUAAUACUCUUUAUUUCCAUCUUCAUGGUGAAGAUAGGCCUGUUUUGGAUUGGGCAACACGUGUUAAAAUUGCUGCUGGUGCAGCUCGUGGGAUAGCUUAUCUCCAUGAAGACUGUCAUCCUCGUAUCAUUCACAGGGAUAUCAAGUCAUCAAACAUUCUUUUAGAUAACAACUUUGAAGCUCGGGUUUCCGACUUUGGACUUGCCAAGUUAGCUCUGGAUGCAAAUACACAUGUAACAACACGUGUUAUGGGAACCUUUGGAUACAUGGCCCCUGAAUAUGCAUCAAGUGGUAAAUUGACUGAGAAAUCCGAUGUAUUUUCUUUUGGAGUUGUGCUUUUGGAGCUAGUUACUGGACGGAAGCCUGUAGAUGCAUCCCAACCCCUCGGAGAUGAAAGUCUAGUUGAAUGGGCCCGGCCUUUGCUGACUCAUGCAUUGGAUGGUGAGGACUUUGAGGGUUUGGCAGAUCCGAAGCUUGGUAGAAACUAUGUUGACAGUGAAAUGUUUCGGAUGAUUGAGGCUGCUGCAGCUUGUGUGCGGCAUUCAGCUGCAAAAAGACCACGGAUGGGACAGGUUAUGAGAGCUUUUGAUAGUUUAGCCACAUCGGAUCUAACCAAUGGAAUGAGAGUGGGUGAAAGUGAGGUAUUUAACUCUGCACAGCAAUCUGAAGAAAUCAGAUGGUUUCGGAGGAUGGCUUUUGGCAGUCAAAAUUACAGUACAGACUAUUUUAGUGAAAAUAGCAGGGAAACUAGCAGGGAUAGUUGAAGAAGAAUAUGGUAAGUAUUGAGAGAUGAAUUCAUCUUAAACCAUGCU